CCGUACUUGUUGUGUUUGUGUGAAAACAAAGAUGGCGAACGAACUGGACAGAGUACGAAUCUCAGCCGCGGAACUACGAGCUGAAGCUUUGAAUUCAUCCAAUAUUACUGAGUGUGUUGCAGUGGAGCAUCAAAACCAUCAGGUUCAAAAACAACACAAGAAGCGUGAAGGCAAACGUCCGGAUCUUCAGCGUUACCAGCCUGCAGCUGGAAGUGGACGCUCUGCCCUGGAUAGUGAGGAAGGAGAAACUCCUCCAAACCACCUCCUUCCACCCGACUCUUCAAAACUGGAUCAGUCAAUCGGGAAUGAAAAGAAAGGAGACGCGGGAAAAGUCUCAAACAGACAAGGGUGCACUGAUUGUGAACCUAGUACCAAAAAAGUGGAAGAAAGCACUAUGAAAGGCGAUGGCAGUAAUAAUAAAAACUGCAGAGAGGGCAGCCGGUCACAGCCUAAAGGAGAUGCGUUUAAUGAAGAACAUCAAGAAGUAGACAAGAUUGCUAAGACUGUGAAGAAAGCUCGAAAACCAGACAGAGAAUUUUAUCAACCCGGGACUCGCAGAAAUAUUCAGGGAAAGGACUUAAAUGUUGGAAGAGAUCAAGAAAUCCCUCCAACUAGGAAGCCUGAGCAAAACCCUGAGCCUCAGUCCCAGCUGAGUGCAAAAGCAAGAGAAGGGAACAAAGAUAAAAAUAUACAGAAACAGAGAGGUAUAGAUAGAGCUAAGUCGGGACAGAAUGUGGAUAUUACUUCCAAAUGUAGCGAGGUAAAUAGAGAGCAUCAAAGCCGAGAUGUAGAAAAGCCUGUGUUACCCAUCGACUCAUCUGUUAAGAACAUUACAAGCAGCGCUGAAAAAAUGAGCAUAAAAGAGAAAGAUAAAACCAAGGGCGUAGGCAAAGCCAGCGGAGAGUCGACGUACAGGGGACGACAAAUGACUGAUAAAGAAAAGAAAGGUCGACCCACUGAAACAAACGAUGAUGCAAAAAAGGGAGAGAAGGGUAACCACAGGACGAAGGAGGUGGAGAGAGAAAAGGAAAAGAAGUGGGAAUCCAGAGGAGAAAAUGAGAGCAGCAGACGAAAAAACAAUUCAGGAAGGACGGAGAAGGACAGAAACAAGAAAGUAUUGGAAACAGAUGGAAAAGUAUCGAAUAAAUCAUCUGAGACAAAGCAAAGUAAGGGAAGAGAUAAUCGCAAACAAGUCAGGGACAGAAAAGACAGCAGCACCUCCACUGAUGCUGGGAAGCAGGACAAGGCACAAAAAGAUCUAGACCGAAGUGAGAGACAUGGAUCCAGUGCGAUUGCUAUAGCUGGAGCAUCAAAACGCUAUUCUAGAUCAGAUAUUCGCCACUCACGAAACAGAACCUACAGCAGUAGCUCGGCCAGCAGCGUGACGAGCCAAGACGGUCCUGGCCGGGGACUGAACCCUGAGCACAAUACAGACAGGAUGGACUACCGUGAUGGGCGCAGAAGCCACUUACAAAGUUGGACAAACAGUAGGCAUUCAUCAUCAGAAUCUUUGGAAAGGAGCGACAUGAGUGAGAGGGCAGAGGAAAGGAGGAAAAGGCGAAGAAGAGGGGGAGAAGGAAAAAAGAAUGCAGAAAACCAUGGGGAGGACAGGAACACACCGAAGCCAAACAAAGGUAGAGGGCUGAUAACUGUAAAGUCUUAUGAAGAAAAAAAGCAUUUGAGUGGCCAGUCUCAGAGCCGGGAGACGCAGAACCACAAGCAAGGUUUGGUUCCUCGCGGCAGAGGUGGCGGCAUCCUGGUGCUUCCUGCUCGCACCGACAUCUCCAAUUCACCCGAGAUUGGACAACGCCUUUUUUCCGGUGGACUUCGAGGAGGGGCGUCUUACAGGAGCAGAGGAGGUAGAGGAGGCAUGAGGCGACUGUGGGAUCCAAACAACCCAGAUCAGAAACCUGCCCUUUCUAACACUCAGCCCUCACUCCAUUCUUCCCUGAAACAUCCUGUAUAUCUUCAGAGUGGACCUGUUCACGGGCAGCUUCACUUUCUAGACACAGAUGAUGAGGUAGCGGGCAGUCCUCCGAUCCAGGGAGAACAUUUCCAACCCCGGCAGGCUGCUGCUAUGGCUUACUACAAAUUCCAAAGCUCUGAUAACCCCUAUUGCUACCCCAUGGCCACCAGUAAUCUUCAUGGUCCCAGCACCCCCACAAGUCACAGCUUUCCAUAUGCUUAUAGUAUGGCGCCAUACCAAAUGCCUCAAUCUAAUGGUAUGUAUGCGAGCCAUGGUGCUGCUCAGUUCAGUGGAAGCUACAGGGGAGCAGGAUAUCCUCAGUCAGGUGCGGAUAGUAGUCUGAAUAUUGAAGAGACAGAGCAGCAAACCAGAGGGGAACUGGGGAGGAUGUUGAGGGCUGCUGAUGCACACGAGGUCCAACUGAGUAACCUGCUGUCGAGGGACAGAGUGAGUGCUGAUGGAUUGGAUCGUAUGGCCCAGCUCAGAGCUGACCUUUUGGGGCUGUACGAGCAAGUCAUCCUGACAGACAUCGAAUUCUCCGACUCUCAGAACGUGGAUCAGGCUUUGUGGAAGAAUGUGUUCUAUCAAGUGAUCGAGCGUUUCCGGCAGCUCCUUAAGGACCCCUCCUACGACAACACCCCCCACAUCAGGAACAUGCUGCUCACUCUCCUAGACGAGGGGGCACAAUUCUUUGAUGCACUUCUUCAGAAGGUGCAGACAGUUUACCAGUUUACGCUAGAAGAUUAUAUGGACGGGAUGGCCAUCAGGGCUCGGCCAUUACGCAAAACGGUGAAGUAUGCCCUCAUAAGUGCUCAGAGAUGCAUGAUUUGUCAGGGGGAUAUAGCACGUUACAGGGAACAAGCCACAGAUUCUGCAAACUAUGGCAAAGCUCGCAGCUGGUAUCUAAAAGCUCAACAGAUUGCCCCCAAAAAUGGACGACCGUAUAACCAGCUGGCUCUUUUAGCAAUCUACACAAAGCGGAAAUUAGAUGCCGUUUAUUACUACAUGCGCAGUUUGGCUGCUUCUAACCCCAUCUUGACAGCAAAAGAAAGCCUGAUGAGCCUGUUUGAGGAAGCUAAGCGUAAGGCAGAGCAGCUGGAGCAAAGGAGAAGACAGGAAAAUGAAGGGGGCUCUCAGGGUCCAGCAGUAAGAGGGAGAAGAAAAGACGAAGAGAGCUCACGUGUGGAGAUUUGGAUCCGUCCUAAUGGCCAAACAGCAACCCCCUUUAACAAAAGAGGGGGCAGUGAGUCCAGCAGAGACUCGGAGCAGGACGGAGAGCUGGGCAGUCUAAGUGCUACUGAUCUAAAAAAGAGGUUUAUUCUGAGUUUUCUUCACGCUCAUGGGAAGCUUUUCACAAAAGUAGGCAUGGAGUCCUUUCCUGGCGUCGCGAGCCGCGUCAUUCAGGAGUUUAAAACGCUGCUGCAGCAUGGCGCCUCUCUGCUGGGAAGCACCAACAUAUUGCAAAUCAUCACAAUCAACAUGUUUGCCGUUCACAACUCUCAAAGCAAAGGCGAGGAAGGAGAAACCCGAUCCGUUCUUCAAGAACAAAGCACUGCGCUGGGGCUUGGCAUGUUUGCACUGCUGGUGCAGCGCUGCACAGAACUCCUUAAAGAGAUCCCUGCAGAAUCUAUUCAGGUGGCAGAUGGAGAGGAGGAGGAGGAGAAAACGGGGGAGCCGGAGGGGAUGGUCAGAGUCUCUGCCUUCCCUUUGGAUCUAAGGGAACUGCUGCCAGGCAUCAAAGUCUGGUCUGACUGGAUGUUAGGACACCCACACCAAUGGAACCCACCACCAUGCGGUAUAGAUUGCAGCCCUGAUGUUUGGCAGUACCUGGCUAACUUGUGUAAUGUUCUGGCACACGUGGACCAUGAGGAAGUGCUGCUGUACAAGGUUGAUAGCGACGAAGGGGAAAAUGACGAGGAGUUGACAGUUCUUCAGUUGAAGGAAGACAAGCUGCUCGCUGGCUUUGUCCCGCUGUUAGCCGCACCACAAGAGCCCUGUUACAUAGACAAACACACUGAUGAGGCAAUAGCAGCAGACUGCAAGAGAGUGACGGUACUGAAGUACUUUCUAGAGGCUUUGUGUGGACAAGAAGAGCCUUUAUUGGCCUUUAAGGGAGGAAAGUACAUCUCUGUAGCAACUUCUGCUUCGAAUAACCAGUCAGAAGAUGCAAGAAACAGACAGGACUCUUUAACAGAAAAUGAGCAGGCUGAUGUGAUACUGGAGGCAGAGUCCUCUCUUUCUGCAUCAGAAGAAGAGGAAGAAGACUUUGAUGGAGGGGGACACAGUGGAAAUGAUAUCCGACAACUGAAGGCUCGACAUCAUGCCCUCACUAACAAACUGGCACAGCGACAGAAGCGUUUGGACAAAAUACAGGCUGUGCUGCAGCCUGGUGGUCAGCUGGAACUGGAGAUUCGGCCUCUGUUUUUGGUCCCUGAUACCAACGGGUUCAUUGAUCAUUUAGAGGGCCUGAAGAAAGUACUUCAUUGUGGAAGUUAUAUAAUAGUUGUGCCAUUAAUUGUGAUUACAGAGUUGGAUGGCUUGGCCAAAGGUCAGGACACUUUUGGUGGAGGACUGGGUUCACGUGGGCGCAGCACCGGCAGUCGUGGCAACUACAACAGUGCAGCCCACGUGCGGGCGGUGCAGGACAAGGCUCGCUUAGCUGUGGCUUUCCUAGAGAAGGGAUUCGAAGCCAGGGAACCGUGCCUCAGAGCCCUGACGAGCCGAGGAAAUCAGCUGGAGUCCAUUGCUUUCAGAAGUGAAGAUACUUCUGGACAGCAGGGUAACAAUGACGACGUCAUUUUAUCCUGUUGUCUUCAUUACUGCAAAGACAAGGCGAAAGAUUUCAUGCCUCCCCAGAAAAAUGGGACAGUGAGACUUCAGAGAGAGGUGGUGCUCCUGACAGAUGAUCGCAAUCUGCGAGUCAAAGCAUUGACACGCAACGUCCCUGUGCGUGACAUUCCCUCCUUCCUCAGCUGGGCCAAAGUGGGCUGAAGCAGACAAAAGCUGCGAUCAGGGGAACACAACUGCUGAAGCCUGCUUGCCGUUUAGCCAGGAGAAGUCACUUAAGCAGAGAACGAGGAAAAGAACUGGGAAAAGGAGAGGAGAAAGAAGCACUUCUAACGAAACAAGCAAUUUCAAUGCAGGGUGGGGUCAGUUAACUUUCCCCCCCUUCUGACGAAGUGUUUGCAAGUAUGUAUGCGUUCUGAUCAGCGAGCUUUCCCAGGAAGAGACCGAACGUCAAGAAGUCUAGGAGGUUAGAGCUGAAAGAAAGAAGUAGUCUAAAUGGAGUGGUUUGAUUUGUAGGUUGCCUUGUUGAGCUUCAGAACUGCUAGCGGCAUGCUAUUUAAAGAAGGCAAAGCCAGAAAGGGGGAGUUCGUUUGGCAAUGACGGCAUUAAUGAAUGAAUGCUGUAAAUGGUACUUCUGCACCUCAUCGAGGGUCCGGGCUUAGACUGUUAAGUCUCUGCAGCAAAACGGAGAGAAUGCUGCACAAGGAGAGACACAACUGAAAGGUGUGUGUGUCAGGGAAAACACAUAAACUCUGAUUGUUGGGAAGGUAACACAGAACCCUCAUUGAAAAUCAGCACAGAGCAGUCACACAGGUUCAGUAAUCUCUACUCAGCUAGGAAAUCCUUUAUUCCAGUAAUGUAUCUUCCUUUUUCUUUGUCCAUUGCAAUGAAAACCCUUCAAGACAUGAACAUUACUUAUAAUUUAUCUGUUGAGUUGUUGUAUUCUUUUGAAGCUCCUUUGUAAAAAAUGUUUUAUGCUACUUUUCGUUUUGAUUUCUUUAUAGACCGAUAACCAUCUGCUUAGUUUUACUGAAAGUGGGAUAAACUUUCAAUUAUUUAUCUGCAUUAAUUUGAUCUGCGUGCCAAUGUGUAUGUAAGUAACUCGUGUCCCGCUUUGAGCAGCGCAGCAGAUGGACGUGUUUGUUAGGUGGGGUUAGGUUUCCAGGUUCUAGGAUUUGAAAUUCAUAAACUAACUUUGGUCGGAUUUUGAGUUAAUCUAAGCAAAUUAUCCAGUCAAAACCAAAAAGGCUCCACAUAUUUGACUAUUUGAGAGAACCACACUUUGGAGAUGUGGUUGACUUUGACAGUAACUUUGCAGAAACUACUAUCACACAGCAGUACUAACUAUUUCAUUUUUUUGCUACUUUUUUGUGCUUUUCAAUCAGCUUCAUUUUUUUUUUUCAAUCCAUCAUACUGUUUAUUGUUGCAUCUACUUCCUAAACUCCCAAUAUGUUUUAAUUCAUAGUGUAAAAUAUACAUCACUUUUAUGACAGACCUACAUAUUGAACACAAGUAAUGCUGUUUGUCCAUGGAUUUACUGUCAAAAGACGGUUAUCUCAUCAAAAUGAAUGACCAGAUUGUAGAUAUUUCACAUAUAAAAAUGUCUGUUCCCUUAAAAACUGAUGUAGUUUACAAAAGUGCUCAUGUUGAUUGGAUUAUUCGAUACGUGUAGUAAAAAUGGAAAGAUUUCAGAUAAUAUCUUCCACCUUUUCAAUAACUUGUGAUCAACUUCCAUCAGCAGCUAAUGUUUGUGUGUACACCUUAACUAAGAUGUGCUCAUUUCUGUCUGGGUUUUGUGGCUGUGUUGUAUUUUUAACUUGUUGACAAUUGGCUAUCUUGGUGAUUAAAUCAUUUAAAACCAU